UGCAAGUGAUCAUUUCCCAUUUUGCCGUCUUCCUAGCAAGCCGACAUUGUAUCUCUCAUGUCUCUCGCCACCAUGAGCAACCACUCGCAAUCCACCACGAUGAUGAUGCCCAGUGCACUCCACCUCGAUGACAAUGCAAUCAAGGUUCACACGACGGUCAAGAACGUCAUCCAGCGCGGCCUCUCGCCCUUCACCGUCUACACGUUCACGGUCACGUGCCACCAAACGAGCACGUGGUGGAUCCUCCAGAAGCGCUAUUCGCAAAUCUUUGCGCUUCGAUCGACGCUCCUCAAGUGGCGCAAGCAGUGCAGCUCGACGCCCGGCAUGGCGCCGCUCGCUGACCUCUUGACGACGACGGCGACCGUCGCGUUUCCCCGCCGCCACAUUUGCUUUGACCACCCGACGAUCAUCCGCGACCGGAAGCGUGAGCUCCAAGGCUUCAUCGCCGCCCUCAUUCGCCUUCGCCAGGCAUGUCAUGCACUCGCGCAGCAACCGGGUGCGCCUCGCCGCAAGGCCCAGGACGUCACCUCCUUGGUGCUGCAUUUUCUCGAGAUGCCGGUGGCUGUGGAAGACGAAGAGCACCGUCUGAGCUGUGGCCGCCCACUGCAUUCGCACACGGCGCCGACGGACGAUGCGUGUCCGAUAUGCAUGUGUGAGUUUGACGAGCUGUCCGACGACGACGCGGUGCUCGAGCUCACGUGCGGCCACGCAUUUCAUGAGUCGUGCCUUGUGCAUUGGCUGGACAAGAAGAUGACGUGCCCGCUCUGCCGCUGCGAAGCUGUCGGCGGCUUCAUUGCCGCGUAG